AUGUCCUGUAUGUCGGUGCAAUCAGUAUGUGGCGCCCGAAACUUAAAAAAGGACUACGGCUUCAUUGUGGGCGGCAAUGAAGCGCCGGCCCACUCGUGGCCGUGGGCUGUGGCUGUAUACACGGGCUCGGGAUCCAGUUUCCAUAACUACAAGUUCGUGUGCGGGGCGUCGGUCAUCAGCGAGAGGUAUGUGUUGGGUGCGGCCCACUGCGUGUCCCACAAUAGUCGGGUCGCCAAACCGGAAACCAUCCGACUAUUGAUCGGAGCGCACGACCGGCGCUACGAAGGCGUCUACCAUAGAGUGCAAAGGAUUUUCGUCCACAAGUUAUACGACGAGCGACUCAUGCAGAACGACAUCGCUCUCUACAAACUGGCCGAACCCAUCAACUUCAAUAAGACAUCAAAUAUAGCACCGGUAUGUCUGCCCGACUCGCACUGGCACCAGCGAGACUACACCAACCAAAUGGUACAACUGGUCGGAUGGGGAACUACGUCUGCUGGUGGACGCACCAGUGAUAUUUUAAGACAAGUCCAGGUGCCCAUCAUCACCAACAAGGACUGCGCCCGUAGUUAUAACGCGCUGAUGGUUACGUCCAAACAAAUGUGUGCCGGAUAUGCGGCGGGAAAGAGAGACUCCUGUCAGGGCGAUUCUGGAGGUCCAAUGACUAUGCAGUUGGAUGGCAGAGAGGGCCGGUAUGUGCAGAUUGGCAUCACCUCAUGGGGAAAGGGAUGCGCCGAACCCAAAUAUCCCGGAGUCUACACUAAAGUCUCGUAUUAUAUCGAUUGGAUUCAAAGCAAUACUAAUAAUGUGAAUGAUUGA